AUGGCUUCCAUUUCGAGUAUCUCUCCUCCGAACCUCCCUUUCCCGAAGCAAAACCUCUCCGUUACCUUCCCUCUCAAACGACCCUCACUCCUCCACUUCCCUUCCCAACCCUUGUGCCUCUGUCUCAACUCCGUCUCCGACGACAACCACAACAAUACAAACAAUAACGACCGCCGAUGGGAUUCGAUGCUCCACGAAUUCGUCACCGGCGCUAUGAAGCAAUUCGAAUCGUACAUAAACGCGCUCAGGAAAGGUAGUGCUGCCGGUGAAGACAAAGGUGAUGUUAACGAUGAAGGAUGGGAUUGGAAUCGGUGGCGGCAGCAUUUCGACGAGGUUGACGACCAGGAACGUAUUGUCAUCAUCCUCAAGUCGCAGUUACGUCAUGCUGUAUACGUGGAGGAUUAUGAAGAAGCUUCUAGGCUUCAGGUGGCGAUUGCAGCCGCAUCUAACAAUGACAGUGUUGGAAAAGUGAUAUCUCUUCUUAAAAGAGCCAUAAAAGAAGAGCGGUACAGCGAUGCAGCUUUUUUAAGAGAUAAAGCUGGUGCUGGACUUGUGGGUUGGUGGGCUGGUAUUUCAAAAGAUGUAAAUGAUCCACAUGGUUUAAUUGUUCGCAUAACCCCAGAGCAUGGAAGAUAUGUGGCAAGGAGUUAUAGUCCUAGGCAACUUGCAACAUCUGCUGCUGGUGUUCCUCUAUUUGAGUUUUUUCUUACAAUGGAUAAAAAAGGUGACUUCAAGUCGCAGGCUGUGUAUCUAAAGCGAAAAGGGUCCUACCGAGGCCCCCCAACAAUGUCCUCUAAAACAUCGGAUGCUAGUGAGCUGUUUGUUGUGAGUACUGAAGAUUCAGAAAGUGGUGAUGAUAGGAGUGAUGGCUCUGACCCUUCUGAGAGAAUGCCUACAUUUCAGAAUGUCUUGAAAGAUAUGAUUCCUGGUAAGGUGAAGAUUUUCAAAGUGAUAACUCCAGGCAAAGUUGACAAGGAUCUAAUAUCUAAGGUGAUAGAGGAAUUAAAUGAGGAAGAUGAAAAUGAAGAUGAAGAUGAAGAGAAGGAAAAUGAUACAGUAACUCUGGAACUGGAAGACAUUAUAUUGGAAACUGAUCAAGAGGGAGAUGAUGAGAACAAGAUAAAUGCCGAUCUGGGAACUUUUGAACGUGAAGAACAGAAUGAAAUUGCUGUCAAAGUUGUCAUUGGUGGUCUUAUGCAGAAACUUUCCAGCAAUUUAUCCCCUAGAGAUUUGCUUCGAGUUCCUGCUAAGUUGGAGACGAAGGAGCGUGGUUUAUUUUCCUUUACUGUUGAAAAUGUAGUCAAUCAGCAGGAUGGUCAUGACAAAGGGAAAUCUUCAUCAGAUAAAUCGAUUAAGUUUCAAAGUCGUCGCAGAGUUGAUCAUGUUAUUUCUGACAUUGCUAAGUUUAUUGGCAAGGAAAAUGUACCUGCAAAGGUGCUGAAAGAGGUAGGAGAAUUAAUAAGUCUCACUAUAAGUCAGGCUCAGAAUCAUCAACCAUUAUCCGGGUCUACGAUUUUCAAUCGCAUUGAAAUACCAACUUCAUUUGAUCCUCUAAACGGCUUAUAUAUUGGAACAUAUGGUCUUUAUUCCUCUGAAGUUAUUCAAAUGAGACAGAGAUAUGGUCAAUGGCAAGAAGAUGGUAGGGUGAAAGAGACUUCAGAUCUUGAGUUUUAUGAGUAUGUAGAGGCCUUGAAACUAACCGGGGGUCCUUAUGUACCAGCUGGCCAGGUAGCAUUUCGUGCAAAAGUUGGAAAGAUGUAUCAACUUCCACAUAAAGGGAUAAUUCCUGAAGAAUUUGGAGUGAUUGCUCGCUAUAAAGGUGAAGGAAGAUUGGCUGAGCCAGGGUUUCAGAAUCCUCGGUGGGUUGAUGGUGAACUUGUAAUUCUUGAUGGAAAGCACAUAAAAGCAGGGCCUGUUGUUGGAUUUGUGUAUUGGGCUCCAGAGUAUCAUUUUUUGGUCUUCUUUAAUCGGCUUAGGCUUCAGCAGUAG